AUGGGUGAGAAGAGCAACCUGUACAUCUUGUAUGUCUCAUCUCGGGAAGAGGAGCGUUGGGCACCUGCCUCGAUGGGCACGGUCAGGCAACUAGGCACCGGGUACGUCCUGCCCAAAACAGCAAGCAGCCGCCAGAUGGUGUAUCCUGAGUGCAAGGGUUACCUAUUGCAGGCAGCCCUGGGCACAACAGUGAUCCCGUUAUGUGAGCCUGGUGAAAUGGAGAACUGCACGACGGCGCUAAUCCAGACAGAGAACAGUCCACGUGUGGCUCAAGUUGGGAUAACUAGAUGCAAGCCUGAAAUGAAAGACUACUGCUUCCAUGGACAGUGCGUGUACAUAGUGGACUUGGAUGAGCACUAUUGCAGGUGUGACGUCGGCUUCUCUGGUGUCCGAUGUGUGCAUUCAGAACUUGUCAGACAACCUCUCAGUAAGGAGUAUGUGGCACUGACAGUGAUCGUAGUUCUGCUUUUCCUCGUCGCCGUCUCUAUUGCCAGCUGCUACAUCUGCAGAAGGUACCGAAGCAAGAAGAGACAAACGAACGCCAGAGCGUACAAGGAAGUUGGUGCCCUGUAGAAGAAACGGUGGCUUCCUACAGUGUUCUGUUCACCUGGAUGGACUCGGUGGCUUUCCAUCUAUUUAAAUGUUAUUUUUUAUUAACGAUAUUUACAAUAUUUAUAUCCUUGUAAAAAUUUCAAUUGUUUGGUGAUCCAAUCAGUAUAGGUCAAGCAUUUUAUUUUCAGUGUUUUAUUUUUUUAUUAAAUAAUAUUUCCUAACGAGAACCCUACCUAAGUGGUUCUGUGGGAUAGAGAUAUAUUUUUAUAAAAACUCAUCUUCUUACUCUGAAGAGUAAUUUUAUAUUUAUUCUUGUGAAUAUGCUGAAAACAAUUCUACUGCUUGAAAUAAAAGUUCUAGACAAAG